AUGGAAGGAGCCGUGGCCUCCUCUGAGGGCCUGCGCUAUGCCGAGUACACCAGGAUUCCUAUGGGCACCGGCAAGGGCGAAGCAGAGUUGGACUGAAGGCUGGCCAGAGCUGUGAUAGCUGUUCGACUUGGUGUUGCAGCUGUUGCAUUUGCAGGUCGUUAUGAUUUCCACCUUCGGAAACCAUUGGACCAGGCAAUUACAGAGACAGCAAAGAGGAUUUCAACUUCUAGUCUUUCAUCAUACUAUAAAGGAGGAUUUGAACAGAAAAUGAGUAGGCGAGAAGCUAGUCUUAUUUUAGGUGUAAGUCCAUCUGCUGGCAAGGCCAAAAUCAAAACAGCCUGUAGAAGAAUCAUGAUUUUGAAUCAUCCUGAUAAAGGUGGAUCACCUUACUUAGCAACAAAAAUAAAUGAAGCAAAAGACUUGCUGGAAUCCACUGCCAAAAAUUGA